AUGUCAUAUAAAAAUUAUGAAAGUAGUCAUUUAUCACAUAUAGAGGAAAGGGCAGAUGAUUAUGAAAAAAAAAUAAAAGAUAAUAUUUUACUAAUUAAAAAAAAUAUGAUAUAUGCUGAAGAAAAUUUAGAAAAUUUAAAAAAUAAUUUAAUAUCUAAAAGAAUUAUAGAAGCAUUACAUGAAGAAAUACAACAAAUAUAUGUUAAAGUAGUAGAAACAGAAAAUUUAUUUCGUGAUUGGGAGAUAAAAUUUGCUGGAAAUCCAUUUGAAAAACAAAAAAAAAAAUAUAUAUUUGAAAAGUUAAAUAUUCAUUUUAAAAAUGAAGUGAAUAAAUUAGAAAAUAUAUCUGUUAAUGUAAAAAAAGCAGCUAAUGAAUUACCUAAUAUAGAAAAUGGAGAAAUGAAUUAUAAUAAUAUAAAUAAUGCUUUAAAUAAAAGAAAAAGCAGUAAAUUUGCUUCAAGUGAUUUAACUAAUGAUAAUUUCAUUUUAAAUGUUGACAAAAGUUAUGUUAAUAAUGAUGAUUUCAUUGAAUCUUCUAAUAUAUAUGAUUAUGAAUUAGAUCAGUUUAGUGAAAACGAUUUUUUAAUUGAGAAUGAAAUAGCUAAAGAGAGAUUUGAAGGAAUAAAAAAAAUACAAGGACAAGUGGCACAAGCACAAGAAGUUUUUAAAGAUUUAGCAAAUCUUGUUUUUACACAAAAAGAAAAUAUUGAAAUUUUAAAUAAUAAUGUAUAUGAAACUAGUGUAAAUACUUUUAAUAGUGCAAAGGAGUUAAAAAAAACAUAUCAUAAUGUAAAGCAACAAAGAUUUUCUUGGUUUUUAGCUGUAGUAACUCUUUUGAUAUUUAUCUAUUUUAUUUAUUUUAAAUUACUUCAUUUUUCUUUUUUCACUUAA